AUGGUCACGCGGUGGGAAGUGCGCGAGAAGGACAUGAGCACUGUGCCGACGCGCGCGCGCGAGUUCGUGUUGCGCUCUGGUGCGGACGUGUUUGCGCCUAAGGAUCCGCUUGAGCUUGCGCGGCCGAGCGUGGGGACGCCGAAUGCGGAGGGUACGCUGGUGUUCAAUACUGUCAGCCAGUACUCUUUCGAGACGAAGAAGAACGAGAAGACGCUUGUGGUGACGAGUCUCGCGUCGAAAGCGCAAGCCAAAUACCCGCUCGAAAAAGGCGGCGAGCUAUUCUGGCUCGACGGUCAAACGCUCGGUCACGUAUACUCCCCAGCCGACCACGAAUCCUCUCUCUGCGCCCUCUCCCUCAAAGUCGAAACCGAGUCUUCCCUCUCAUUCGACGCUACACCCGACCCGCCCACUCUGAUCGGCACAUUCCCUUCUUCGACUUCGGGCAACUUCAUCUACAACCCCUCGUCCCGCACACUCGUGUUCAGCGACAAAGUCUACUCUGACGGCAAUCUUACGGCUAUUGCGGAGGGCGACAAGGCGUGGGACGAACGCAGGAACAGCGCGUUCGUUCUCUUCGCGGUCUCACUGGAGAAGAAGGGAGAGAAGUGGUCUUUCGGCGAGGAGUUCAAGAACUUGUUGAAGGGGACUGGGCACAGCACGCCGGUGGAGCCCUUUGGUGGAUCGGAGAACUUCGCGGUGUCGAAGACGCAUAUUGUGUAUACGGCGAAGGACCCGGUGUUGCCUGAGGCUUGGCAUACGCGUCGAAACGUUUACAUCGUUCCGCUCGAGGGUGGCGAGCCGCGCGAGCUCACGUCGGGCAAGCAAGGCGCGAUGCACAACCCCGUUUUCGACGCAUCUGGUAACAAAGUCGCCUGGCUCGAACUCGAGAAGGACGGGCACGAGAGUGACCGCUCACGCGUGGUCAUCUACGAUCUCGAGAAGGACGUGCGAUACACGCUCACGCAGCCCUGGGACCGCUCGCCUAAUGGGCUCUCCUUCGCGCCCGACGCACCGAUCUUGUACCUCACGGCCGGCGACCACGCUCAGGCCAAGAUCUUCGCCUUACCGCUUCCUCCUACGCCCGAACAAAACAGCACUUCGCCGCCUUUCCCGCCGAAAUACACUUAUCCCCGCGCGCUCACGUCUGGUGGUGCGGCACAUGCUGCGUACGCGUUACCUAGUGGACGUAUCCUGUUCAGCCACAGCAGUCUGACGGGCCCGGAUGACAUCUUCGUGCUUGAGGGCCUGGAAGGCCUUCACGAUGCACUUGUAGACAAGAAAGAAGACCCAAGGACCUUGGUCAACGAAGAAGGCGCCCACCUCCUCUCCUCCAACCUCGCCGCCAUUGUCAAAACAACCCAACUAGCAUCCUUCACCGCCGACGCUCUCGCAUCCAAGAACCUCUCCAAGCCCGAACACUUCUACUUCACCGGCCACGAGGGCAAGCGCAUACACGGAUAUGCGUUGAAGCCGCGCGGGUGGAGCGAGGCGAGUGCGAAGGAGGGGAAGACGUGGCCUGUUGUUAUGCUUAUACAUGGUGGGCCGGAGGGUGUGUGGGACGAGAGGUGGAGCACGAGGUUGAACCCGAAUGUGUUUGCUUAG